AUGUGUUUAAUACAAAAAGGCUGUAUUCUGAAUCAACAAGACCACCAAGGUAGGGAUGCAUUGAUGCUAGCUUCCAUACAUGGACACGAUGGUGUUGUAAAGCUGUUAAUAGAUGCAAAUUAUGAUGUUAAUCGAGUUCAAAUAGAUAAGAAAAAUGCUUUCAUACUAGCAUCAGAAAAGGGAUAUGAAAAAGUUGUUGAAAUAUUUAGGAACGCAGAUGAAAAUCUGUUUCGUAAAUUUGGUUUUGAAUCAUUUAUAAUAGCGUCCAAAAAUGGAUACGAAAACCUUGUAAAAUUUUUUCUUCAAAAUAGAAUUGAUGUCAACAAGCUUGAAUGUGACGGGACUACUGCUUUAAUGCACGCUGCUGAUAACGGAAAAGCCAAUGUUGUGGAGUUGUUACUGCAGAGUGGAGCAAAUGCAGACGACGUCUCGUUGGGCGGAAAAAAUGCACUGAUGUGUUCGAUGGUAAAAGGAGACCAAAAAACAGUUGAACUUCUUGUAAAGGAAACGAGUAAUCUUAAUGCUGUGGACAAUCAAGGACGCAAUGCUUUAAUGUUUGCGGCUAUUAACGGACACACGCUAGUUAUUGAAAUAUUAAUAAACAGCGGUGUUGAUUCAAAUAGUUGUGCUGAUAAUGGAAUGAAUGCGUUAAUGUAUGCGUCACAAGGAGGAAAAGAACAAACAGUCAAACUUCUUCUAGAGAAAAAGACUGAUCCGAAUGCUGUGAAUAACCAAGGACGAAACGCAUUAAUGAUUGCAGCUAUAAAAGGUCAUGUAAACAUUAUUGAACUGUUAAUUAACAAUAGUAAUAAUACGGAUACUUGUGACAAUAAUGGAAUGAAUGCAUUAAUGCUAGCGGCAGAAAACAAUCAGCAGCAGGCUGUCAAUUAUCUAGUAGAGAAAAUUAUCUACCCAUAUAGCGUUAACAAGGAGGGACGCAAUUCUUUAAUGAUAGCCUCUUCGAAAGGCUACAAUGACGUAGUCGUAAGUUUAAUAAACAGAGGAUUCGACGUAAAUUUGAGGGACCAUUGUGGUUUUAGUGCUUUAAUGUUAGCUUGUCAACGUAGAAAAAAGUCAACGGUAGAACAUCUUCUACCUGAAGUUGACAUGCAUAUCAACGACGCAAACAUAUAUGGGUUUACUAGCCUAAUGUUAGCAACACAAGAAGGACACGAAGAUAUUGUAGUAAUACUGCUACAAAACCAUAAGAUUAACAUUAAUGCCGUUGAAAAUGAUGGAUGGGAUGCGUUAAUGAUAGGAAUUUAUAUGGGACGUUUAACAAUAGCAAGGUUAUUGUUGAAACAAAAUGCAAUCAUUCAAGUAGAUAAAUGUAAAUGGAAUGCCUUAAUGAUUGCAGCUGAACAGGGACACGAUGAAAUUGUGGAAAAUAUAUUGCAAAAAUCACAGACUACUGCAAAUUAUUUUAACAGUGAUGGUUUUAACGCUUUAAUGCUGGCCUCAAAAAACUGGCAUUACAAAUGUGUACCAUUGUUAGUUAAAAAAUCAGAUGUUAACGCAGUUGGAAGAGGUGGAUUGACCGCCUUAAUGUUAGCAGCACAGAAUGGAAAUAUAGAGACAGCAAAGUUACUUUUAUCUGCAGAAGGUGAUGUAGAGGCGAUAGACCAACAUGGAUACAACGCAUUAAUGAUAGCUUCCCAGAAUGGCAAAGCAGAGAUAGUACGAUUACUUAUACAAUACAAGUGUAACGUUGAUGCAGUGAAUAAGAUAAAUGGUUGUACUGCGCUAAUGUUAGCGUCGAAAUAUGGUCAUCACAGCAUAAUACAAAUGCUGGUAGAAAACAAAUGUGAUGUAAAAGCAAUAACAAAGUAUGGUGUUAGUGCACUAGAUUUGGCAAAAUCUAAAAAAAUUGAGUAUGACCUGAAAAAUAGAGGAUGUAACCUUUCAAACAGCUUGAAGUUUUCAAACGAUGAACUUAAAAUAAUUUCUUCUACAUACGAAGUACAAAGAUAUAAUAGUUUAAACCUGAAAGAUAAGGAAAAGCUGUUUUCUAAAUAUGCCCAGUGUGGGGACAAUGGUAAAGUGAAAGAAAAUAUAUGGAAUUCUGAAAAUGUAAAUGUAGUGUAUCUAAUACACUGUCAGGUAUGCGGUAAAAGAUACGUCGGGCAAACUAAAAAUAAUGUUCUUCUCAGAAUGAAUCAACAUUUGAAAAAUAUAACAGAUAACAUAACUAAUGGAAAAAAUGAACUUUUGUACAUACACUUUUCUAGAAUUCACGAGAUUAAAGACUUCAGAUUUUGUAUACUUGAACAUUGUCAAGAGUAUGAUAAUAUUGCGCAAUUGGAGCAGAACUAUAUUAAACAACUAAAAACAUUGAAGCCGAAUGGUCUUAACAUGAGAAACGCAAUCAGACAAGACUAAACAGACUAUAUAAACCUUUAACACAUGAGAAGAGUAUGUGGAGAGGAAUGUGGGAGCUGGUCUUAGAGAAGUGUAGCAGAUCAUUUGUCUGUAGUUUGUGUGCAGUUAGCGCAGUUAGAAAUUGGGAACUGAACGAAGUCCCAAUAGAGAUACAUCAACGUAAAUUUGUUGAAAUUUGUGCAUAAUACUUUACGACUCAAAUUUCAUUUUUGUAAUGCUUCAUUGUUAUUUGAAAAAUAGAAGGUAUUGUAUUUUCCAUUUUUUUUUUGUAAAACGCUAAAUUAGAUAACCCAAAUAAGGUGAACUACUGUUAAAUAUGUCGGCCCCUUUAUGCUCAUUAUAGUCCUUAUAUAAUAUUGCUUAAUGUCAAACAAAAAUAUUAUAUAAAACCAUGUACAGAGACGUGAGAAACGAUUAUAAUGAAUGCUUUUUUACGCUACUUUGAAGCUUAUAAAAAGAUUGUUAUUAUUAAUGCACACAGUACAUACAUUCAUUUAUAAUUAAAAUCGCAAGUAAGAAUUAUUACAUUUAAAUAGCUAGAUAAUCUUGCAAACAAAAA